AUGACGACUCGACGAUUUUCGGAUGGUGUUGAGGUGGAUGCGAGGGAUGAUGGCGGGGCUGAGAGUAGCGAGAAGAGCUGUGAAGGUGUAGAGGUGGCGGAUGGGCCAAGCGGUGAGAAAGAGCAGGGUGUCACUCAGGACCAGGAUGCACGUGCAGGACAGGACGAUGUGGCGGUUGGAGAGAAGAAAGCAGAUGUUCCUCCGAACGGUGGGUAUGGAUGGGUGUGCGUAGCAGCGUGUGCUACCAUUAACGCUCAUACAUGGGGCCUCAACUCGGCCUACGCCGUCUUCCUCGCCUACUACCUCGCCAACAAUGUCUUCCCGGGGGCGUCCCACCUCUCGUACGCCUUCAUCGGCGGCCUCUCCAUCAGCCAAGCCCUCAUCGUGUCCCCCCUUGCCACGCUCACCACGCGGCUGUUCGGAACGCGCACGACGCUGCUCAUCGGCGUCGCGCUCGAAACCGUGUCUUUCAUCGGGGCCAGCUUCGCAAGCGAGAUCUGGCAGCUGUUCCUGACGCAGGGCCUGUGCUUUGGGUACGGGAUGGGGUUUUUGUUCGUGGGCAGCGUGGGCAUCAGCGCGCAGUGGUUCACGACGCGCCGCUCGCUCGCCAACGGAAUCGCGGCUGCGGGCUCUGGCCUGGGCGGGCUGAUCUACUCGCUCGCUGCGCAGGCCAUGAUCAAGAACAUUGGGCUGCCGUGGGCGUUUCGCAUCCUGGCCAUCCUCGCGUUCGUCGUCAACACAACGUGUGCGCUGAUCAUCAGAGACCGGAACAAGCAGGUUGGCAGCAGCCAGUUGAGCUUCGAUUACCGGCUGUUCCAGAAACCGCAGUUUCUGGGGUUGGUGGCGUUUGGCUUCUUGAGCAUGCUAGCGUACAUCGUGCUUCUGUUUUCUCUGCCCAACUACGCCAGGACAGUGGGCAUGACGGCACAGCAGGGCAGUAUAGUCGGCGCGGUGUUGAAUCUGGGACAGGCCAUGGGGCGGCCGCCCAUUGGGUACUUCUCCGACUCGUUUGGGAGGUUGAACAUGGCGAGCACCAUGACGUUUCUGGCCGGGUUGUUCUCGCUGGUGAUUUGGAUGUUCGCAAAGUCGUUUGGCGUGCUGGUCUUCUUCGCCAUCGUGGGCGGGUGGGUCGCGGGCACCUUCUGGGCUGUCGCUGCGCCGGUCACGACGGAGAUUGUGGGCCUGGUAGACCUCCCCAGCGCACUGAGCCUGACGUGGCUGGUGCUGGUGCUGCCCACGACGUUUUCCGAGCCUAUUGGGUUGGAGAUUGUGGCGCACAACGGUGGUAGUUACACCGGCGCAAUCCUGUUUACUGGGUGGAUGUACAUUGCGGCCGCUUGUGUGUUGUGGGGGGUUCGGGCAUGGAAGAUUGGCGACGUGGAGGAGAAGGCAGCGAUUGCUGGGAAGAGCGCGUCCGAUGUUGAUCCUGUUGCGGUGGCCAGUGAGGGUUCAGACGGUGUCCCAGAGGGGUUUAAGAAGAGCCCGUUUCUGAAGCGGCUGGUGAAGUGGCAGAUGGUGUGA